AAUUGGGUUGAUAUUGGUCGACUAGUUGACUCAAUAGAGUCUAGUAGAUUUCGUUCACAUCCAAUUCUUAGCACAACCGUAACUCUAAAUCAAACAAAUCUUGCUGGCAAAAUGGUUGUCGGCGAAAUGACUAUUAACAAAAUGGG